GAGCUUGCAACUUUCUUGUAACAAACAUCAGCUGGAGCCUCACGUGGGGCGGUGGGUUUCUGAGAGUUGGAGCCGGUGUUUGCCGUUUCUUCCAUCUGUUCCCGUGUGGCUGAGAGUCGGAGCUCACUCCUUCUCCAUCCGUUCUCGUGUGGCUGAAAGUCGGAGCCGGCGUUCGCCGUUUUCUCUAUCCGUCCCCUCGUGACAGAGUCGGAGCCAGUGUUUGCCGCUUCCUCCAUCCAUCCCCGUGGGGCUGAGAAUCGGAGCUGGUACUCGCUACUCCCUGCAUCCGCCUCUGUGUGAAGGGAAGCCGCUGAGAGACAGUUCCAGCUCCGCUCCGGGGGUCAUGAAGGCGGGCACCGGACAGGACGCACACUGACACCGGCUGUCAUUCGCUGGGCUCUCCGCACCACACAGUGAGAUCUGACGCGGGACUCACUCCUCCGUCUCUGCCGCUGACUUGCUCUGCACAGCUGCACCGCCAACACUCUGCAAACCCCGAAAAGGAACGAGGCGGUGCGUCUGAAAAGUAGCAGACUUCUUGUUUUUGUCUGACUCGAACAAACGUGUUUACUCGUCUCCUGCUCUGGAUUUUCCGUUCUGUUGGUUGUCAGAAGGUUUUAUUCAGCAAACGCUGGAAGAGUGGAUUCGGGAGCGAUCGAUUUCACAUGGUCAGACUUUGCCUCAGGAUCCCUCUGAUGGAAGUGUAGUCACUCCCAGCAGCAGCACCACCCACAAACCACGCAGAGGAUCCAUCUGCCCCUCUGUUGGAAGGAACUGACUCCACGGCCGCUCUCUGAGGGAAGAGCAGGUAAUGACAACAAACGAAACCUCUACCUGAAUUUGAAACGUCAGAGAGGCGGACGGUAGGAUAAUCGGAGAGUGGAAAAUGGGAAGAAAGAAGAUUCAGAUCUCCCGGAUUGUUGACCAGAGGAAUCGACAGGUGACCUUCACCAAGCGGAAGUUUGGUCUGAUGAAGAAGGCGUAUGAGUUGAGCGUGCUGUGUGACUGCGAGAUCGCCCUGAUCAUCUUUAACAGCACCAAUCGGCUCUUCCAGUAUGCCAGCACGGACAUGGACCGCGUCCUGCUCAAGUACACAGAGUACAGUGAGCCUCAUGAGAGCCGCACCAACUCCGACAUCCUUGAGACACUAAGGAAGAAGGGUUUGAAUGGCUGUGAGAGCCCAGACCCAGACACCGAUGACCCGAUGGAGCCUAACCUGGAUGUCACUGACAAAUACAGGAAGUACGAAAUGGUGAAUCACAUGACAAACAGACAGAGGGUUUGUCCAGGUGGACUACCUAACCACGAAGCCUCCAUACACUCUGUGGCACAGGGUGCCACUGGUCUGGCCUACAGUAACCCAGCCGGGUCCAUCCUAAACCGGGGACCACUGCCUGUUGUAUCUCGAAACCCUCACACGUCAGGGCUGACGUCACAAGUGUCCACAAUCUCCCAUUCAGGUGCUGGUUACCUGAACACCCACAUCCCAUCGGGGAUGCUGGGCUCUCCCAGUGACCUCAACAGGAACAUGACGCCAAGGUCACCGACCCCAGUGAGCCUUGGCCCUGACAGUCGCAGAGGGGAUCUCCACAACGUCUCCACUGGCUCCAGGAACAUGGCUACUCCACUGAGAACAAAUACAUCAACUGGUCAUCCCAGCUCGUUGAUGGUUACCAUGGCAAACCCUGGUGUAACUGGCCAUGGGCUGGGAGGUUACUCCAGCGCUGUCACCGGGUACUCACUUCCUGACAACGCUCCAGUGUCUGUGUACAACCCACCGGGGACAGCACAUCAGGACCAAGCCUCCACCUGGCACUUACGACAACAUCCUCAUCAGCACCAGGCCAACCUUCAGCCCUCCGCACACCCCCCUCUUGGGGUCAGCAGCCCCUCCCAGCUGCCCCAUCCGUCCUUCCCGAUGGUCAGCGUCAAGUCGGAGCGGGCCUCCCCCCACAGCGAGAGCGGCGGCGGUGGCAGCGGCUUGUUCCAGCACCUCGGAUCCUGCAACGACCCCAAGGAUUACGGCAAGACCUUCCCAUGCCCGAUCGUGCUGAGCCGGCCGCAAUCGUGCGAAGACGGUCUCAGCGCCAAGCGGCUGCGCCUGGCCGACCGGUGGCAGAGAUGACGGAUUGAGUGGCGGCUACCGGUCCCGCUCCCGGUUCCCCGGGCAAGAUCCGUCCGCCACCUCGAACCCUCUGAGAACCAGGCUGGCGCGACUCCCCGCCGCCUCCUCCCGCGGCCUCUGCGUGCUGGGGGACACACCUUCGGUGCCCCUUUUCCAGGGUCACUGGGGGCAGUUCCCCUCCUACCCCCUGCCCCGUGUCUCGGUUCUCUGGUGAUCUAGUGGUUAGGAUUCGCCGCAUUCACCGCCAUUCUCCGGGUUCAAUUCCCCGUCAGGGAAACGUGACGGAGCAUCGAUCUCCAAUGGCCAGGCGAGUUCCUGAACUCCAGGCUGAUGGUCCUUCACCACUGGGCACCUCUCCCUCUCCACUCACCCACCCGCCGCUGGUCUGCAACGCCGGAGCUGCGCGGGCCUGGGGAAUGAAUGAAUCUAGUGACACUGCCCACCGGACCAGCUACCUCAAUGCUGGGGUGGGUAGCCAUCUUUGGGGAUGCAUUCCUGCCGUCAUCAACCAGCGGGGGUGGGGGGAGGAAUCCCAGCUCGGGGCGACCCAACACCAGACUUACUUAUCGUGAAAGGACAGGCGGGGGAGCACCCGUCUGAUGGAAGGUGGGGGCGGGAGGGGCUGAGCACGCACCCUCGAGAGCGCUUCCCACGGCCGGAACAGUGGUCCCUGCAAAGACCUCCCUCCCACACCAGCAGCGGCGAGAUGCGAGACGGGGAAAAACCCCGCCGGACGGAAGGCGGCGGUUCGCGGGACACCUCAAGACCAGGGUACUCCACUACAGAGCUCUCUCCGGGGGCGUCCGACAAUUCAGCUCUCGGUGGAGGAAGUGUCUGGGGGCAGUCCUGAGUUUCUUGACCACUCGUGGUCGCUACAAAUUUCUCCCGGGAAUCCCGGUCUUUGACGGUUGUGUUCUGUUUAACGUUGGCCUGAUUCACAAAGUGAUCAUUUUUGGUUAAAUUUCCUUGUGUUUAUUUUUAAAAGUGAAAGUUUCUUCGCAGUGCGAACGGACUUUAGAGUCACUGUCUCUCUUCCUUUUGUAUCAUGUGGAACCCGGUUAAUGCCGGGGUGCGUCGGGCAAACUGUGCAAGGUCACCAUCGGCUUCUGGCACCGGGGGCGCGGUUCGACCAACAACCCGAUUCUCGCUAGCCCAGAGGUUCAGACCGACACUCCCCGGGACACCACCUGACUGUGUACCAUCUUGGAAUGUUUGGAGGGUUUCCAGAAGGUUCUCGAGCAUGGCAAAUGUUGAUUUUUCACUGCCCAGUCGACGCACAUCAAACCCCUCAGAAUGGAGGGGAUUCUUCCGUGAAAUCACUGUUUUAUUAAGUUAACAAAAAAAAACAAAUAAAGUUCUUAUUGCA